UGCUUUUCUAAUAUUACAGUUAUGCUAAGAAGGAAUCGGAUCUUAAUGGAGCCCAGAUGAAGCUUCGAGAGUAUGAGGCGGCACUGAACUCUAAGGAUGCAGCGCUGGCUACUGCCCUUGGUGAUAAAAAGAGUUUAGAGGGAGAUUUGGAGGAUCUGAAGGAUCAGAUUGCCCAGCUGGAAGCAUCUUUAUCCGCCGCUAAAAAGCAGUUAGCAGAUGAAACUUUACUUAAAGUGGAUUUGGAGAAUCGUUGUCAGAGCCUUACUGAGGACUUGGAGUUUCGUAAAAAUAUGUACGAAGAGGAGAUCAACGAGACAAGGAGGAAGCACGAGACCCGUUUGGUGGAGGUGGACUCUGGGCGUCAGAUUGAGUAUGAGUACAAGCUGGCGCGCCUACAUGAGAUGAGAGAGCAGCAUGACGCUCAAGUGAGGCUGUACAAGGAAGAGCUGGAGCAAACCUACCACGCCAAGCUGGAGAAUGCCAGGCUGUCUUCAGAGAUGAACACCUCCACUGUCAACAGUGCCCGGGAAGAACUGAUGGAGAGCCGCAUGAGGAUCGAGAGCCUCUCCUCACAGCUUUCUAACCUGCAGAAGGAGUCUAGAGCGUGUUUGGAACGGAUUCAAGAAUUGGAGGACAUGCUUGCUAAAGAGAAAGACAACUCUCGCCGCAUGCUGUCGGACAAAGAGAGAGAGAUGGCGGAGAUCAGGGACCAGAUGCAGCAGCAGCUGAACGAUUAUGAACAGCUGCUUGACGUGAAGCUGGCCCUGGACAUGGAGAUCAGCGCCUACAGGAAACUCUUAGAAGGCGAGGAAGAGCGGUUAAAGCUCUCUCCAAGUCCUUCUUCCCGGGUGACAGUGUCCCGAGCAUCGUCUAGCCGCAGUGUCCGCACCACUCGGGGGAAGCGGAAGAGAGUUGAUGUGGAGGAGUCGGAGGCCAGCAGUAGUGUCAGCAUCUCCCACUCGGCCUCAGCCACCGGCAGUGUGUGCAUUGAAGAGAUCGAUGUUGAUGGCAAGUUCAUCCGCUUGAAGAACACUUCGGAACAGGAUCAACCAAUGGGAGGCUGGGAGAUGAUCAGAAAAAUUGGAGACACAUCAGUCAGUUACAAAUAUACCUCAAGAUAUGUGCUGAAGGCAGGCCAGACCGUUACAAUAUGGGCUGCAAAUGCUGGAGUCACAGCCAGUCCUCCAACUGACCUCAUCUGGAAGAACCAGAACUCUUGGGGCACUGGUGAAGAUGUGAAGGUUGUACUGAAAAAUUCUCAGGGAGAGGAGGUUGCUCAGAGAAGUACAGUCUUUAAGACAACCAUACCUGAAGAGGAAGAGGAGGAGGAAGAGCCCAUUGGAGUGGUUGGUGAGGAGGAGCGUUUCUACCAGCAGGGAGCCCCAAGAACAUCCAAUAGAAGCUGUGCCAUUAUGUGAACCUGUCACUCACCUGUCUUCGGAGACAGAAGCAUGGUAAUCCUGGAUACAGUGCAGAGCCUUCUCAGAAGCACAGGAUAUUUUUGUAUUUCCUUUAUGUGAAUUUUUAAGCUGCGAAUCUGAUGGCCUUAAUUUCCUUUUUGACACUGAAAGUUUUGUAAAAGAAAUCCUAUCCAUACACGUUGUUGCAAGAUGUGAAUAUUGACACUGAACUAAC